AUGAACCAAGUUAAAUUUCAACUGCUGAAAAUGUUUAUUUUGAAACCAGACGCGAAUUUAUCUAUUUCUAAACGUCGGCAAAGUGACAGGUGGAGGUUUUUGGUGACGCUGUUGGUGUUAGGAGCGGCGUUAGCUUCAGAGGAAGACGACAAUGUGCCUGACGCUGGAGUAGAUGGGGACGAAGAGGAGUUGGCACUCGACCAAGAGGAAACGCGGAACCUGCGUCCGCGCGCUUACACACCGACCGCGUACAACGCCCUGCCGACUGGAUUCCGGCCGACACCGUCACUAGCCGAACUGGCCGGCUACCAGCAGCGGCCGCAGGAACAGGAGCAACAGCAGUUCUUAGUGCCCGCCAGGCCUACGCAGCAGGUUUACAUUGAAGAGCAGCGGGCUCCUGUCAGAACACCUCACAGGAAGCCACAACAAGAACAAAGACCAGCAAAGAUAACACAGCAACAGCUGCAAGAAGUUGAGGAGGAAUUGGAAGAGGAGAAAGAGGAACCUGAUCGCCUAGCCCAGCUGCUGCAGCAAUCUAAAUUCGACUGCGUGUCCAAGCAGACCGGCUACUAUGCAGACCAGGAGCUCAACUGUGAAGUAUUUCACUAUUGUCAGGACAAUGUCAAGCAUUCCUGGAUAUGUCCUGAUGGAUUUACCUUCCACCAGGUACAUUUGAUCUGUAUGCCGCCUACACACGACAACAUUUGCCAGAAGUCAGCCAAGUACCACUUUGUGAACGAAUAUCUGUACCGACCGAUCAAUGAGGAAGAAGUACAGCGCAAGCCCAACGUCUCCCUCAAAUACUCCGACCGGUACUACCCCGCUGAGGUUUACAGGGACGACCGGUAUGAGCAGGAAGAGGAAGAAGAGGAGAGCCCCCGUAGAGCAGCGCCAGUCCAACAAGCGCCGCGUCCGGCGCGGCCGCAGCAACAGCAACAGCCGCAGGUGUUCCACUCCGCAGAAGAGGUCAACAUACCCCUCGGUCAGCGGCGCCCGAACCGUCCCUACGAUUUCGAUUUUUAAGCCAUUAUAAAUGUUAAUAUACCGGACCUAUUCCUUUUUCAUAUAUACUGACGUUAAAUCAUGGUGCUGCCAUCGGG